ACAGUUUGAUUACUACGAAGACUUAGCUGUCACAGCGGGUAUUACCAAAGUGAAGCCGGUGGUAUGUAAAAUGAUGAAAGCCUGCUCUAGAAGGUACAUUUUCGAAUUGGAUACAUAUCGGCAAAGUCGCUUCAAAGUGGUUGAUGAUGAGAAUUUCGUACGAAUUGCAUAGACCAUGCUGGCAGUUGGGAAAUUGUACAGAGCAGC